AUGCAAACUUUGCAAUCCAUAAUCUAGUAAAGAGUUUUGUAGUAAAUAAAUAAGCAAAAAACAGAACCAUUGCAAUCCUUGAAUAUUACCUAUUAUUCAGCAACCAAGAUACAAUUGGCUUUGGACGAAGCUGUUUAAAUAGGCAAGGUCAUGCAAGGUAUUCAAGGUGUUCAUCUCCAGAAAUAGUAAUCCGAUGCAUUGAUUUCUAGCAGUAAAGUGGCAGUUCUUAAUGUUGAUUACAAUAAUCCUAUGGUUUUACCCAAAAAUGAAGAAAAUAAAUAGGGUCCAUAGAAAGGCAGGUUUCUUGUAAGAAAUGAGUAUGGCAGUAAAUUGUCCUCUGAAAAUAAAAUCACACAUUCAUCAGUUGUUCCCAAUAAAUACCAUAAAAAUUAUUUAUCCUAUGGCGAGGAAUGCAACAGGAUAAAAGAAGAGAAUAAUAGGAUGAGGAAAAAAGAAUAUGAUAAAAAAGUUAGAAUAUUUAAUUUACCAAAAAUAAAAACAGAUUACAUUAGUUCUCCAAAUAGUUUUUAAAAACAAUUAUCUGGAUAGAACACUGCAGAAGUUCAAAACUCAGAUAAUAUCAAAGAUACUUUGGAUGAUAAUUUAUUGUAGGAAUACAAUUAGUACUAAUUGCAAUAAAAAUAAGCUAUGUAUUAUAAAAAAUAACUCCUUCUUUGGAAUAAAAAAUAGAGAAAUCUUGAUAUGAAUGAUGAUGAUUAAUUUGACUGA